CAGCACAGGGGAUUUUAUAUGACCGUGAAACGCCUUGUAGAGAGAGAGGCAGUUCCCACCAGUGUGCCCCAGGUGCACAGGGGUGUGUGAACUGAGGUUCCAGGUGGGAGUUGGUAUCACAGAGCUGAAAUUGAAGCCUAAAAAGUUGAACAUAGGUAUUGCUGGGGAGAAGACAAAAGCUGUCUGCUUUGGGACAUGGGGGCCAUCCUCGGCCACUGGUGUACGAUGGAGUGAAGCCUCCCAAGGUGGCCCUGGAGACAUUACCUGAGUCUGUGGGCUUUUUCCAKCCGCUGGCACCUUUCCCCUCAGCAGCUGUACCAAAAUAUUUAGCAGGGCAGUCCUCAUUUCCYAUUGCUGCCCAGAGCAGCCGUGUGCCCCUUGGAGCUGGGACAGGUCUGGUCUAGCGCAGCUGUCCCGGUGUAGUGCACGUUGUUGCCACACUUGCUGCAAGGCUGGAUCCUCCCGCCGCUCCCUGACAGUUUCCGCUCUCACGCCGCUUGUUUACUGGCGCGAUGCCCACAGCCGCUGCUUKCUGUCCUUUGUGCAAUAAACCGCUUUCCGUGCCGCACACGCCGUAGGUGCUGCCCCAUGYGGGUUCCUGUGCUGUGGUCCGCGGUUCUGCGUGGCUUUGGAGCUGCCGCCUUAACCCACGUGGGACCGUUCUCCUUCUCGUUCUCUGUACAAUAAAAGCACCCUGGAGCACAGCCCCCUCUCUCGCCCUCUCCUUGCCGCGAGUCCCCGCGGGCUCAGCCGCUGGGAAGUACUAUCGGAAGGGGGAUGUUCCCCGGGCUCCGGGGCCGGACUACAACCCCCGGCGUGCAGCGGGCAGGGCGGAGCUGUUGCSGCGCCGCCGCUGCCGCCGAGCCCAGCCGGGGCCGGGGCCGAAGGCAGCGGAGCCGGGCGCUCUUCUACCCGGCCAUGGUAGAAGCAUCGACCCCUGCAGCAUCCUCKGCUGGGUGGGAGCUGGAGCCCACGCGGACCCRCCGGCAUGUCCCCUCCACGYUCCUACCCAGGGGACAGAGGGUGGYCCUUCCUCCCCUUCCCAAGGAAUCUUUACAGAGGUUUCAUAGCACAAGCACAGAGUUUGAAUAGCCCAGAAGACAGGAGUGUGCUAGGGAGCAAGUCUCUAUGGAUGUCCUCUAGGGAUAAAAACCAGACUUCCUUGAAAAGCGGUAUCUCGUGACCGUGUAGAUCCUGCCAGGUUGUGAGGGUCUAUCUCCUCCAGCUUGGAGGUACUGGGAUGAGAUUCAGACUUUCCAACCCCCAACGGCUGCAAUGCUGGAAACACCAGAUUUUCAAAUCCAAAAGCUUCUGAGACAUCCUCUCCUGCUGGUGGUCACCCACUGGAACGGGCUAGUCCUGCUUUUCCUGUUGACACAGUGUUUCUGCUGCACACGGGUCAUUCCUGUUGAGCCCAGCCUUGCCCUUUACUCAGGAGCACGUGCACAGCAGCUCUUGCAAAGCUUGCAGGAAUUGGGUUUGAAAAUCAGGAAGUGAUCCAUGAUGCUGGGUCUCAUGCCCAGAGAAAGGCAAGUCCUGCUGUGAGGCUGCAGCUCCUCAGCCCCAGAGUCAGGGCUCAGUCCCCCAUCGUGACAGCAGCAGUGUCCUCUCCCUGGAUUUGAGGGACAAGAGGAGUAGGGAAGUGCCUGACUCUGUGUUUCUGCAUCCCAGCCUAUUUUCUCCCCUCCCUGCCUGAUGGAGCCAGCACUGGUUGAAGACCCUCCUCAAGGUGCCUGGCUGAGCCUAGUGCAGGACCACUAGUGGGACGUGGACGGUGGUGUGUGCCACCCAAGGAGGGACAAUGGCUCAGGGCACUGGGAGCAUCAACAGUGACUACAAGGAUUGGGAGUGGAGUGACGAUGCUGGUGAACGGGCCAGGCUUCUGCAGAGCCCCAGUGUGGAGACAGUGCCCAAAAAUUCAGAAAGCCAAGGAAACGGUCCGGGGGCCACAUCGGCUCUGGGAGCUGUCUUCAUUGUGGUCAACGCUGCUCUUGGAGCUGGGCUGCUCAACUUCCCUGCUGCCUUCAGCAUGGCUGGUGGCGUGGCUGCAGGCAUCGCCCUGCAGAUGUGCAUGCUGAUCUUCAUCAUUGGAGGCUUGGUUAUCCUGGCGUACUGCUCGCAGGCCAGCAACGAGCGCACCUACCAGGAGGUUGUGUGGGCUGUGUGUGGGAAGGUGCCUGGUGUGCUGUGUGAGGUGGCCAUCGCUGUCUACACCUUCGGCACCUGCAUCGCCUUCCUCAUCAUCAUUGGAGACCAGGAGGACAAGAUCAUUGCUGCUCUGGUGAAGGAGCCUGAGGAAGCUGGKAGCAGCCGCUGGUACACAGACCGCAAGUUCACCAUCAGCAUCACUGCCUUCCUCCUCAUCCUGCCCCUCUCCAUCCCCAAGGAGAUUGGCUUCCAGAAAUAUGCCAGCUCCCUCAGUGUGAUUGGCACAUGGUAUGUCACAGCAGUCAUUAUCAUUAAAUACAUCUGGCCUGACAAGGAGCUGGURCCUGUGGAGAUCCCCACCAGSCCCUCCUCCUGGACAGCUGUCUUCAAUGCCAUGCCCACCAUCUGCUUUGGAUUUCAGUGCCAUGUGAGCAGYGUGCCCGUGUUUAACAGCAUGAAGCAGCCAGAGGUGAAGACCUGGGGGGCAGUGGUGACGGCAGCCAUGGUGAUUGCUCUCUUUGUCUACACAGGCACUGGUGUCUGUGGCUUCCUAACCUUUGGAGCUGGCGUGGAGCAGGAUGUCUUGAUGUCYUACCCCUCCAAUGACAUCCCCGUUGCCCUUGCCCGGGCUUUCAUCAUCCUCUGUGUGCUGACAUCSUACCCCAUCCUGCACUUCUGUGGCCGGGCUGUCUUGGAGGGUCUCUGGCUCCGCUACACUGGGGUAACAGUGGAGGAGGAUGUGGUUCGGGAGCGGAGGAGACGCCUGUUUCAGACCAUCAGCUGGUUCCUUCUGACCCUCCUCCUGGCUCUUUUCAUCCCUGACAUUGGCAAAGUCAUCUCUGUCAUUGGGGGCUUGGCCGCCUGCUUCAUCUUUGUCUUCCCAGGGCUCUGCCUGAUUCAAGCCAAGCUCUCUGAGAUCCAAGAAACCAGGGCAAUCAGCUGGUGGGCCCAGGUCAGCUAYGGCGUGUUCAUGGUCACCCUUGGAGCCUUCAUCUUUGGACAGACCACUGCCAACGCUAUCUUUGUGGAUCUCACAGCCUGAGUCCUCAAGGCUGGACUGCACUGCUUCUGCUGAGGGGAUGGAGAUUUCCCCUAGGACCAAAGGGAAGUGGGAAGAAAACAUGAUGGCAUGUUGGGAAGAUCCAAGAGGACCGUUGUGACUCAGGACUUGGCUGAACAAGCUAUGUGGUGGUUUGUAUCUCGUUGUCUUAAGGCACCAGGCAGUCAGGCUUCUCUCAGCCCUGGUUCCAGUGAAGCCAGAGCAACACUACAAGGGGACCUGUCUUCUAGGGCAAGCCCUUUCUGCCCCUCAGGGUAGACAUCACUCCCUUAGACAUCACUAAGGGGUUGUGGUUGGGGUUUGCAAAGCCAUGCUGCUCYCAUCUGUGUACCCUUAUGCUGGUGGAGCUCCUCUCCACACCUAAAACUCCUUCUUCUUCCAGCUUUGGAGGGAGAAAGAGUGUUCUGCAUAAAGGGAAAUAGUAAUCAUGUUUAUCCGACAGGGAGACACCUCCAUAGUUGUCUUCUGUGUCAAUGUUUGGUUUGAACUCUGCUUUCCUGCUGGUCUCCUGCCCCUACUCUCACAUCUCCCUCUGCCUGGGCUGUGCUUUGUGUUACAAAGGGGGACCAUUGCCUUUUAGCCUCUUUUGUUUUGUUUUUUUUUUUUUUGUGGAUCAGGAUGACCCUGGGGUAGGAACAUGCCAGUGCAUGUUUUCCCUGCCAGGGUUUGCUUACUCAGUAGAGAAGCUGCUAUGACUGCAUCGACCUACUGAGCAAAGACACUACAAUAGAGCAAAGCUCUUCUCCAGAUUUACAACAAUCCUGUUCUUCCAGGUUUCCAGUGAAUGGGACUGAGCCAGGUUUUAAGGGAUGCUUUUGGAGUAAAGCAGUCAGUAUUAAUUCAUUUUAUAUUGUUCCCUUGGUCAUUUACACUCUGUAUGGCUGGUGUUGUUCUGGGCUGUCCCUCUGUUGUCUGUCUGGAUGAUGGUUUCAUUCUUAUUUUUGCUGGCUUGAACAGUUCCCCCAGCUGCRGAUUUGGUUGGGGGUGUUAAACCUCAACAGCAAAAUUCUCUUGCUCUGUCUUUGGGUUUCCUUUUAUCUUGAUUGGCUUCUAAAACCCUUGGGGAGGGACGAGGUGUAUCUAGUGAUGCAUCUGUGACAAGGGUUUWGCUCAGAUUUGUGCAAAAACUGGCCCUGAACCUCCUGCAUCUUCUGGAAGCAGCACAGGCUGAUGUGGUGAGAAGGAGAACCAUGGCAUGUGCUCCUGUACUACUCAACGUGGCUCUGCAAGCAGAGGCUGCAGGGUGGGUGCUUCCCCACGUGAAAAUGUUUGGUCUUUUYUUACUGAUGCUGUGUGUAAAUGGGGACCUCCCCAUUGCUGCUUGGGACGGGGAGACCCAGAUGGAGAAGGAGGAAGAAAAGCCCCAAGCACAGCAGGAAUGUUUGAGGGAUGCUGUGAAGACACAGAUCACUCCUGACUCUCCCCAGUGAUCUCCAGCAUCUGUGCUCUUAUCUUUUGACAAAACCAGGCUCCACCAAACCCCCACUUGUACAGCACCAGCUGUAUCCCGAGCCCCUUUGCCAGGGGGGCUUCUGCCUGUGUGCAGGCACUGGGGCUCAGGGGACCUUUUUGCAUAAAGAAGAUAUCCAGUUGUCUUGGAUGUGGGGAGCACAGAGCCAGCUCUCAUGGAGUCCAGCAGAGAUGUUCAGCAGAUGCCAAUGCCCAAAUACCUUCCAGYGCCCACCCCGCACCAAGAUGAGAGGGUUUGGUACCUGGUGGGUCUUGUGGCCCUGGCUUUCCUGAAAGCAUGCUUUGGUCCCAUGGCUGAAGUGGAGGAGGAUGCAGUGUCCCAUGUCUUUGGUUGUCACUUGGGAACAUCUGGGCUCCCUCAGUGACCCCACAGUGUCUGUGUGGCUGAGGGCAGGGCAGGUCUUGAAGAUGCUGUGGCCGUUCCUGUUUGCCUUACUGCUCCCCUGACUGUUUACAAACACUGGCCUUUUAACAUGUAUUUUGUACAUGCAGAAAGUGGAGGGAACUCAACUCAAUAAAAGUGACAUUGUGAUGCGUGUGCC